AUGGGCAUCAAGAAGGGCCGCUACCUCUACGAGGUCAAGCUGGUGGAGUCUCUCAAUCCGGGUGAAGGCUGGCCCGAACAAAGCCGGAAAGUUAGCGCGCCAGAGGGAUACAGCAUUAACGGGAACGCUCGUGGGUCUCCUCUGCUUCUUGGAGACACCGACGACUCUGUCUUCUUCGACAGUGAGGCCGGUCACGAGUUGGAGAAUUCCAGUGCCCGGAUUCUACACUGCGGAGAUGAAGCGCAGCUGGUCUGGAUUUCGCUGCUGGAAGACUUGUUUCAGACAUCCCUCGAAGGAGAGCAAUUCGCCCCGCGCUUCGCUCUCGGACGGGAUCAGACGGUGGCAGUGCUUCUCAACCUCGAUGGAGCCAGCCCGAACAAGAACACAGUGUCUCUCUUCAAAGAUGGCGUUCGCGUUGCGCAGCCGCAGAAGCUGCCGGAGGCAUUGGUCGGGAAGACCCUCUUCCCGCAUGUUUGCUUCAAGAACAUGACCCUGCAUGUCAACUUCGCCUCCCCGCUCACGCCGCUGGCCUUCAAAUGCUACGGCGUCUCCGAAGCUCCCGUGACGGACGCGGUGGCAGCAGCGAAGCCGAAGGUGGACGAGAAGUUCGAGGUCCUUUUCCCGGUCGGGGUGCCUGACGAAGGUACCUUUGACUGGCUGGAUGACUUCCUGGCCAAGAACCCGAAGUUUGUUGAGUUGUCGGACCGGGCCAUUCUGAAGUGGGCCGAGAAGCUUCCAUUGCGGAGAGGGACAAGCUUGGAAGCAGCUUGGCACGAGGGGUUGAAGGAUGAACUUUACUUUGCCGGGCACUGCAACGACAAGCCUGACGUGCAGCACCGCGGCGUGCAUGGAGUGUUCCGAGUGCCCUACCUGGACGACUUCUCCGCUCGGCGGAUGAUCCAGGCGGUGGCCCCUUUGCAGCCGAGAAACUAUGUUGUCAUGGAGGUCAAGUCCAACCUCAUAAAAGAGGAGCGGGAGCAGCUCAUUAAGCGCUUCGCAGACAGUUGCUACAAGACAGUGGCCCAGGUGGUCAUGGGCGAGCCUCCUGCCGACUUCAAAGACAAGGUGCACAAGGAGCUGCUGGCGGAAAAGCAGGAGAAAGUAACCCAGGAAUGGAAGAAGCGCAAAGCGGAACGAGAGCAGGAGAGGAUCGCCAGGAAGCGGCAGAAAGAGCUGGAGGAGGCAAUCAGGUUUGAGAGUUUCUUCAACGUUGGUCGGGAGUCUUUGGCUGCGUGUGCUUUGCAAGGCUUGGGUUCCCCCUCCAACGGAACGGCUGAUGGGCUUGCUUUCUGA